GAAUACUCGCAACUCUCGUUCACAAAUUAUUAGCCUUAUUCUCAGCAGACACGCAUGGAUAUGUGAUACCCGGCAACCAGCCAGUUUGCUGCACCAUUAAUGGAGUCGGCGUGGAUCGAUCACCCCUUCCUGAGUCUCGACCUCGGCGUUGGACAUCUCCGGUUGCCCGACCAAGCUCCGAGGAAGCUUAAUACCGAUCCCAUGCACGUCGAAGGGACUGCUUUAUUAAAAGAUGAGGCCGAAGAUUUGGAGGCUAAGUUGAAUCGGAUGAGUGAGGAGAACAAGAAGUUGAACGAGUUGCUUAGUGCCAUAUAUGCUGACUACAGCACCCUCCGGAGCCAGCUUUUUGAUCUCACGAGCACUUCUCCUAAAGAGAAAGGAUUGGUUUCGCCGUCGAGAAAGAGGAAGAGCGAAAGCCUUGAGAGGAUCAGUUCUGAUGACAUGACUUACGAGAGGACUGACGGCGUUGGCAAUCGUGUUGAGAGCGCAUCGAGCGAAGAUCCAUGCAAGAGAUUCAGGGAAGAUCCUAAGCCCAAGAUCUCAAGGGUUGGUGUGCGAACAGACCCGUCUGAUUCGAGUCUGGUGGUGAAAGAUGGGUAUCAAUGGAGGAAGUAUGGUCAGAAGGUCACCAGAGACAAUCCGUCUCCUAGAGCCUACUUUAGAUGCUCCUUUGCCCCUUCCUGCCCUGUUAAGAAGAAGGUUCAAAGGAGCGCCGAAGAUAGAUCGAUCUUAGUAGCGACAUACGAAGGCGAGCACAACCAUGUUCACCCUUCACAGACUGAAGUGAUCCAUGGUUCUUGCCAAAAUGGAUCACUCCCCUGCUCUCUCUCCAUCAACUCUUCCGGCCCGACGAUCACCCUUGACCUCACUCAGCAAGGAGGGAAGGAUUCCAAGGAAAUCGAGUCACCAGAAUUCCGACGACUUCUGGUCGAGCAGAUGGCCUCAUCACUGACAAGAGAUCCAAACUUUACGGCUGCGCUUGCGACCGCGAUCUCUGGAAGAAUUCUUCGACAUCCACCAGCUUAAGAUCAAGCAAAUCUAUACCUAUUUGCUUGCCUUGUAUGUGCUCUUCUUGCUGGUGUAGAUUGCUGCUUUUCAUGUAUAUGUAUAUGUAGAAUUAUGUAGCAUUAAAUGUCAAAUGUUGUUUGAGGUGGUUCGGCUCAUGACCAAGUUAAUUAGUACUUGGAUGAACGCCUUCUUGUAUUGAAACUUUUGUUUUAUUUAGAUAACAGCCUGAUUGAUCCAGAAGAGAUCGAGAUUGAUUCCAAGUUGCUGA